AAAAAUCUGACGGGUCAGUGCGUACAUAAACAGAAAUAUAAAUCCAAGGAAUCGUUUAAGUUUUAAUUUUUAAUAUUAUCUUCUUAAAGUUCGAAAAAAACAAUGUCUGAAAGAAAAGUUUUAAAUAAAUACUAUCCACCGGAUUUCGAUCCCUCAAAAAUUCCGCGUAUGAAAUUGGCGAAAAAUCGCCAAUACACUGUACGUUUGAUGGCUCCAUUUAAUAUGCGAUGUAAAACUUGUGGGGAAUAUAUCUACAAAGGAAAAAAAUUUAAUGCGAGAAAAGAAGAUGUAGAGAAUGAAACUUAUUUGGGCAUAAGGAUAUAUAGAUUUUAUAUAAAAUGUACACGAUGUUUACAGGAAAUAUCCUUUAAAACAGAUCCUAAAAAUACAGAUUACGAAAUAGAAGCUGGUGCAACACGUAAUUUUAUGGCUUUAAAAUUAGCAGAAGAGCAAGCUCGAAGGGAAGAUGAAGAAUUGAAGGAAGAAGAAGCAAAUAACCCUAUGAAACUUUUGGAAAAUCGUACAGAGCAAUCAAAAAAUGAGAUUGAGCUUUUAGAGUCAUUAGAAGAACUUAAAGAUUUGAAUAGACGUCAUCAAAAUGUUGAUUAUGAAACAAUGUUACAAGCAUAUGAUAAUACCGAGACACUUAAACAAAUCUUAGAGAGGCAGGAAAAGGAAGAUGAAGAGAUGAUUAAGUCUGUUAAAUUUAAGCGUCCUUCUGCAUCUUCCACAACUAAAAUUAUUGCAGAAGAGCAUAUAUUAGAUGAAAAUUAUGAAAGUUUUGAACCUUCUGAAAAAAAGGCGAAAUUAUCGACUAUUGCACCAUCUUCUACGGAGACUUUAAAAAGUGUUGGUGGUUUUUCAAGCAAAAAUCUGCUUAAGAAUAUCGUCAGAAAACCUUCAGUCGUUAAUAACACAGAAAAAUCGUUACCAGUUUCUAAAGAAAAAGUUGAAACUGAAAAAUCGGACAACGCCACGAAACCUAAAACAACUGGCCUAUCACUUAUAUCAGCAUACUCUGACUCAGAUAGCAGUAGCUCUAGUUAGUAGUUUCAUUUUCUAUUUUUAAAGUGUUACAGUAAUUGGAAUAAUUACUAAUUUAAUACUGUUGUUUAUAUAAUAAAUUUAGCAUACAUAU